AUGGAUCAGGAGUUAUCAUUAUCUAAUAAUAAAUCUGUAACUAAUAAAGAACUUAUGGAUCAGAAAUUAUUAUUAUCUCCUUUAACUAAUGAAGAACUUACGAAUCAGGAAUUAUCAUUAUCUCUUGUAACUAAUAAAGAACUUAUAGAUCAGGAAUUAUCUUCAUUUAAUAAUGCUAUAACAAAAGAACUUACGG